AUGGCCCCAAAUACGGAUAUCGCGACUCGCGCUUUUGUUGUUUCCCUUAAGGCACCUUGCAGCGGCAAGACUUCUCCUGAGGUAGCAGAACUCUCAGGACUUUCGAUCCGUCAGGUUGAUCGAAUAUAUGCUCGUGCAAUCGAGAACGGGUUUGACCCUAAUAUCCGACCACUGAUUCUUAAAGACGAAUAUCUUAAAGAUCGCCCUCGAUCAGGGCGGCCGACAAAGGUAACAGAGGAAAACAAAGAGCUUCUUAUUAGCAAGGUAUAG